AUGGCAGAUCCGAGGAGGUCCCCCGAUAAGUCGCAUCUCAAGGCAAAGGGAAUUCAACAACAACGAUCACCUGUUCCGGCUCCCACAGCCACAGGGCCGACCUUUGUCGACGACGAUUCCGACGACGAUGACGAGUCUAGCGAUCAGAUGCCCUUACCUAGAAGCCAUACACCAGGCCAUCUUGCCAGCAAAAGCAUACAGGCGAAUCGUCGAAAGCCUUCCGAUCUUUCCAUCCGGCAGCGCUCUCAGUCCGCAUCACAGACCGCUUCGCAAGGAGCCCCUACCUCGAGAGCAGCCCACAAACCGCCGCAUUCAAUCUCAACCAGCGCUGGCGAUGCCUCAAGCGAGGGAGAUCGACAUACUCGGCGACCAACCGCUGCACGGUCGACAUCUGCCAUAACUAGCCGAACGACUGCACAAGCGACCGCUCGGUAUGCAUCGCAUAGAUCUCGCAUAUCCCAAGACGAGUACACUGCGUUCCCGUCACUUCCAGACCCCCGGACGGCUCCAAACGUCGACGUGGCUCCAGCAUCUGGCAUGUACUGGUCCAAGGCACCUGUGUCGGGCGCUCCUCACACCUCAUUACGAGCACACACAACAACAAUCAUUGGCUCGAACGUUUAUGUAUUCGGCGGCUGCGACUCAAGAACAUGCUUCAACGAUCUCUACGUGCUGGAUGCAGACUCUUUCCACUGGUCUAUACCUUAUGUCGUUGGUGAUAUACCUGUUCCCCUGAGAGCCAUGACAUGUACUGCCGUAGGCAAGAAACUCAUCGUGUUUGGCGGAGGUGACGGCCCGGAGUAUUAUAACGAUGUCUAUGUUUUGGAUACAACAAACUUCCGUUGGACAAAGCCCCGUAUUAUAGGAGAUAAGAUGCCGUCGAAGCGGAGAGCGCAUACUGCUUGUCUAUACAAGAACGGUCUAUACGUGUUCGGCGGCGGCGACGGGGUCCGAGCUCUGAAUGAUAUCUGGCGAUUAGAUGUUGCUGAUGUCAACAAAAUGUCAUGGCGAUUAGUGUCAAGUUCUGAUAAGUCAAGUCCUGGGUCAAAAGACUAUCGUCCUAAGGCAAGGGGCUACCAUACAGCCAACAUGGUGGGUAGCAAACUCAUCAUUUUCGGAGGCUCUGAUGGCGGCGAAUGUUUCGACGAUGUGUGGGUUUACGACGUUGACGCCCAGUUAUGGAGAGCAGUCCCUAUCCCCAUUGCUUUCCGCCGUUUAUCACAUACGGCCACAAUAGUCGGCUCCUAUCUUUUUGUCAUUGGUGGCCACGACGGAAGCGAAUACUCGAAUGAUGUCCUGCUAUUGAACCUGGUGACAAUGACAUGGGAUAGACGUCGGGUAUACGGUAAAGCGCCUUCAGGUCGCGGUUAUCAUGGGACAGUGCUAUAUGACAGCCGCCUUAUUGUCAUUGGAGGUUUCGAUGGAAGCGAGGUGUAUGGCGACGUUAUGCUGUUAGAGCUAGCUGUUCAUGCAUAUUACUCGCAAAUCAGCCAUUUUACCAUUGAGGUUUAG